AUGAAUUUUUUUAAGGUAUUAAAGACACGCUUGGCAUUGCGACGUAGUGGUCAGCUGGAUAAGGGUUUACUUCAUUUUGCUGCCAAAAUGUAUAGGAAAGAAGGAUUCCGGUGCUUUUACAAGGGAAUAGUACCAAAUCUUGUGGGUAUUAUACCAUAUGCGGGUAUUGAUUUGGCUAUUUAUGAAACACUGAAACGAUAUUAUAUGAAAAAUUAUGGUGCACAUCCGAUGGCCAAUAUUAUUGCUCUUCCUGUAUGCGGGGCUUGCAGCUCAAUUUGUGGCAUGCUAACC